CCAUCCGUGCUGGGUCUUGUAGUUCUCCCAGGUGGUGUCAAUUUGAACCACGAGGCGGAGCUUACGGACUGAGCCCCAAGAUAUUAGGCGUAAUUUUCCAGCGGUUGGCAAAGCGAAAAGACUUGGGGCCUCAGGGCGAGCCGGGCUGUCUUAUCUGCUUUGCAACGGGGUCACAAACAUGUCGGACAAAAGUGAACUAAAGGCUGAAUUGGAACGAAAGAAACAGCGGUUGGCGCAAAUCAGAGAGGAGAAGAAGAGAAAAGAAGAAGAAAGGAAAAAGAAAGAAACGGAUCAGAAGAAGGAAGCUGUUGCUCCUGUGCAAGAAGAAUCAGAUCUUGAAAAGAAGAGAAGAGAAGCUGAAGCACUGCUUCAAAGCAUGGGACUAACUCCAGAAUCCCCCAUUGUCCCUCCUCCUAUGUCUCCAUCCUCCAAAUCUGUGAGCACACCAAGUGAAGCUGGCAGCCAGGACUCUGGAGAUGGCGCCGUGGGAUCCAGACGAGGACCUAUUAAACUUGGAAUGGCCAAAAUUACACAAGUUGACUUUCCUCCUCGAGAAAUUGUCACAUAUACAAAGGAAACUCAGACUCCAGUUAUGGCUCAGCCCAAAGAAGAUGAAGAGGAAGAAGAUGAUGUAGUGACUCCUAAACCACCAGUUGAACCUGAGGAAGAGAAAAUUGUAAAGAAAGAUGAAGAAAACGAUAAUAAAGCACCCCCUCAUGAACUGACUGAAGAAGAAAAGCAACAAAUCUUGCACUCUGAGGAAUUUUUAAGUUUCUUUGACCAUUCCACAAGAAUUGUAGAAAGAGCUCUUUCUGAGCAGAUUAACAUCUUCUUUGACUAUAGUGGGAGAGAUUUGGAAGACAAGGAAGGAGAGAUUCAAGCAGGUGCUAAACUAUCACUAAGUCGACAGUUUUUUGAUGAACGUUGGUCAAAGCAUCGGGUGGUUAGUUGUUUGGAUUGGUCUUCUCAGUACCCAGAGUUACUUGUGGCUUCCUAUAAUAACAAUGAAGAUGCUCCUCAUGAGCCUGAUGGCGUGGCCCUGGUGUGGAAUAUGAAAUACAAAAAAACUACCCCAGAGUAUGUGUUUCACUGCCAGUCAGCUGUGAUGUCUGCUACAUUUGCAAAAUUUCAUCCAAAUCUUGUUGUUGGUGGUACAUAUUCAGGCCAAAUUGUGCUUUGGGAUAACCGUAGCAAUAAAAGGACUCCUGUGCAAAGAACUCCACUGUCAGCUGCAGCACACACACACCCUGUAUAUUGUGUAAAUGUUGUUGGAACACAAAAUGCUCACAAUCUAAUUAGUAUCUCCACUGAUGGAAAAAUUUGUUCAUGGAGUCUGGACAUGCUUUCUCAUCCACAGGAUAGUAUGGAGUUGGUUCAUAAACAGUCAAAGGCAGUAGCUGUGACAUCCAUGUCCUUCCCUGUUGGAGAUGUCAACAACUUUGUUGUUGGGAGUGAAGAAGGUUCUGUGUACACAGCUUGCCGCCAUGGCAGCAAAGCUGGAAUCAGUGAGAUGUUUGAGGGACAUCAAGGACCAAUCACUGGCAUCCAUUGUCAUGCAGCUGUUGGAGCAGUAGACUUCUCACAUCUUUUUGUCACUUCAUCAUUUGACUGGACAGUAAAACUUUGGACAACUAAGAAUAACAAGCCUUUAUACUCAUUUGAAGACAAUUCAGACUAUGUUUAUGAUGUUAUGUGGUCACCCACCCAUCCAGCCCUAUUUGCCUGUGUGGAUGGCAUGGGGAGAUUGGAUUUGUGGAAUCUCAAUAAUGAUACAGAGGUACCAACAGCCAGCAUUUCUGUGGAAGGUAAUCCUGCUCUUAAUCGCGUAAGAUGGACCCAUUCGGGAAGAGAGAUUGCCGUGGGCGAUUCCGAAGGACAGAUUGUUAUAUAUGAUGUGGGAGAGCAGAUUGCCGUUCCCCGCAAUGAUGAAUGGGCACGGUUCGGCCGGACACUUGCAGAAAUUAAUGCAAAUCGAGCUGAUGCGGAAGAGGAAGCAGCUACCCGAAUACCUGCUUAGUUCCUGAAAAAGAGUGUAGCGUUAGAGAGUUUGGGAAAGACUCUUAAGCUAUUUGCAUGCUUCUGUCCAAAUGAUUAUUAAAAGGGAAUUGUGUGGAUUAAACCGUGGAUGUAAUUCAGCAAGGAACUCUUAACAAUGUCCCUUUUUAUAUAACACACACCUUGUUUUGGAUUUGUGUCAUUUUUAAUACAGCUGACUGACUUUACAGAAUGCAGCUUUUUCUGAAUUUGACACAGGUAUAUCUGUGGUAUUAUUUUUCAUUCUUUUCUCCUUCUAACACUUCUAAAGCACAGAUUAAAUGAGUUCUGCAUACUUUUUAAAUAAUCACAAUUCUUGGUUAAUACUGAUGUUCUCACUAUCCAUAACAUGUAGCAGCACUGUUUAUUCUUAGCCAUGGCAUGUGUACACCCAUCCAAGUUCUAUUAUGACAUCUUUUUUCGCCUUUAUAACUCAUGUGAUAGUUAUCCAUAAAUAAAAACAAAUAUGUGUUAA